AUGGAUUUCGCAGGCAGCAAGAAGCGCAAGUUCAAGGACUCCAAUGGAGUCAAGGCGACUAACGGAAAGCGAUCUGCUGCCGCCAUCCCCGAAAAGUCAAAGAAGGCCAAGCGCUCAAAGCCCGAGCCCCGCCAUGAACCCGAACCCGAGUCCUCUGAUGAGGAGGAUGAAGACGAAGACGAUGCCGAAGCGGAUAGCGAUGAGGAAGCUGAGGACGACAAGGACGAGUCUGGAGAUGAGCUCGAGGACGACGAUGUGAAGGGAGACGAGGCUGAGGCCGACACAGACCUGCCCGACGGCGGAAAGCUCACGCUUCCUCCCAUCGCUGGCGCCGAGGCGCAAUCGUUCAAGGAGCUUAGCCUCUCCGAAAAGACGAUGAAGGCGAUUGAGGAAAUGGGCUUCACCACCAUGACGGAGAUCCAGCGAAGGGGUAUCCCUCCUUCUCUGGCUGGUCGUGAUGUUCUCGGUGCUGCCAAGACUGGAUCCGGAAAGACUUUGGCAUUCUUGAUCCCCGUCGUUGAGAUGCUGUGCUCCCUCCGCUUCAAACCCCGCAACGGUACCGGUGUCAUUGUGGUGUCUCCCACCCGUGAACUGGCUCUGCAAAUUUUCGGCGUUGCUCGAGAGCUUAUGGCCCACCACUCCCAAACCUACGGCAUUGUCAUCGGCGGUGCUAACCGACGAGCGGAGGCGGAAAAGCUUUCCAAGGGUGUCAACCUCAUAAUCGCGACUCCCGGGCGACUGCUCGAUCACCUUCAGAACACGCCAUUUGUCUUCAAGAAUCUCAAGUCCCUGGUCAUUGAUGAGGCUGACCGAAUCCUCGAGAUCGGUUUCGAAGACGAAAUGCGACAGAUCAUCAAGAUUCUCCCCAAGGCCGACCGACAGACCAUGCUCUUCUCGGCCACUCAAACCACCAAGGUCGAGGACCUGGCGCGCAUCUCGCUGCGACCUGGCCCGCUGUACAUCAACGUCGAUGAGGAGAAGCAGUUCAGCACCGUUGAGGGUCUCGAGCAGGGCUACGUCCUCUGUGAGGCCGAGAAGCGAUUCCUUCUCCUGUUCUCCUUCCUGAAGCGCAACCUCAAGAAGAAGGUUAUUGUUUUCUUCAGCAGCUGCGCGUGCGUCAAGUACCACGCCGAGUUGCUCAACUUCAUCGACCUUCCCGUCCUCGACCUCCACGGCAAGCAGAAGCAGCAAAAGCGAACCAACACCUUCUUCGAGUUCUGCAAUGCCAAGCAAGGCACUCUGAUCUGCACUGAUGUGGCCGCCCGUGGUCUCGAUAUCCCCGCCGUUGACUGGAUCGUCCAAUUCGACCCUCCGGAUGACCCUCGCGAUUACAUUCACCGAGUGGGCCGAACGGCCCGUGGCAACAACAGCAAGGGCCGAUCGCUCAUGUUCCUGCAGCCCAGCGAGGUCGGAUUCUUGUCUCACCUCAAGGCUGCCCGUGUGCCAGUCGUCGAGUUUGACUUCCCCUCCAACAAGAUUCUCAACGUCCAGUCGCAGCUUGAGAAGCUCAUCAGCCAAAACUACUACCUGAACAAGAGCGCCAAGGACGGAUACCGCAGCUACCUCCACGCCUACGCAUCGCACUCGCUGCGCAGCGUUUUCGACAUCAACAAGCUAGACCUCGCCAGGGUGGCCAAGGGCUUCGGCUUCUCUACGCCUCCUCGCGUGGAGAUUACGCUGGGCGCCAGCAUGAGCCGGGACAAGAAGAACCAGGGACGGAGAGCGUACGGCAGCCAGCCGAGGCAGAAGCAGGGCAAGUUCAGCAGGUAG